AUGUACUUCAAUGAUCCAGAAAAAGAUGCGAAUGCUCCAAAGACAUAUUAUAUGGAUGAAGUGGUGGCAUGUUUCAAAAGGACAUUUAUGCAAGCUCGCGAAGAUAGUCCCUUUCAAAGCAUCGAUGAAUUCAUGGCUAAAUUCAAAGGUCGUUCUAGCCUAAAGCAGUAUUUACCCCUAAAGCCAAUAAAACGGGGAAUCAAAGUGUGGGAGAGAUGUGAUGCUGCUACGGGCUACACCUAUUACUUCAAUAUAUAUUCUGGCAAAGACAUGGAUAAUACAGAUCAUGAGGGUACAAUACUUGGAGAAAGAGUUGUUCUAAAACUUUCCUCAACAAUACGUAACCCAGAUGUUACACUUACAUUUGAUAGAUUUUUUACAAGUGUAAACUUAUUGGAUAACAUAUCCUUUCCUUCUGUUGGUACUUGUAUUUCUCGUAGAAAAGACAUGCCAAAAUUCUCUGACGAAAAACUUCAAAAAGGUGAUUCAGAAUUUCUCCAGAAUAGAAGAGGAACUCUUGCAGCAAGAUGGCAAGAUUCAAAGGAAGUUCUGAUUCUGAGUAAUUGCCACGGACCUGAUGUCAUACAAGUAAAACGCAAGCAGAAAGAUGGAGAAAAAGUAAUGACAAAUUGUCCUACCGCUAUUGCCAACUAUAACAGAUUUAUGGGAGGAGUAGAUUUGUCUGAUCAAAAGAUAUGCCUAUAUGAUUUUGACAGAAGAUCUACAAAAUGGUGGAAAAAAGUAUUUUAUAAACUUUUGAUGACAGCUGUUGUGAAUGCACACAUAUUGUUUCAAGAAACCAAACAUAGGAAAAUACCUCUCUUGCAAUACAUUGUCCCCCUAGCCGAAUUAAUGAUUGCUCAUGGCAAAGAAAAUGCAAUUGUCAAGAGGAAGAAAUCAGGUCGACCGUCAAAUGCAACAAAACUGAUGUUGAAUGUUGGAGAUCAUUUGCCAUUAGAAGGGCCAACAAGAAGAAGAUGUGCCCGCUGUGCCAAACAAAAUAAAGAAAACCGAACAAAAACUGUUUGCGCCAUGUGUAAAAUUGCACUAUGUAAAAACUGUUUUGCAAUGUACCAUACAUAG